CUUCAACCCCAAACCUCACCAACCGACCCACUACGGUAUUUCUAGGCCAAAAACACUCAUCUUGUAAUCAAAACCAUGCAUACCUGCACUCAUACUCUAUGCUUCUUAACUAAGGCAAAACUUGAAUUUAAGCACAUUUAGUUGCUCUCACUUCCUAUCGCGUCCUAUCCAAAAUGGACUCCGUUGAGUCUUCCUCCUCCUUUUCUUCUUCUUCUUCUUCUUCUUCUUCGUCUUCGGGGGAGAAGAUUUUAGUUGGCGUUUCGCUUGAUGCACGAACGAGCUCUGAGCUACUUUCAUGGGCAGUGAGAGUGAUGGCUCGCCCAAAUGACACCAUAAUCGCGUUACACGUUCUUGUCGGGAAAGAGGAGAGCAGGCUCAAGUACGACAUGAGCAGAUUCCGACGUGCAAAGGCUUUUGUGAUAUCGAUGCUCGGGGAAUUUUCUGAGAUUUGUCAAACCAAACAGGUGAAAUUAGAGGCGAAGGUAAAGAAUAGUUUAAGCAUUGGAAGAGGACUUGUUGAUGAAGCUGCAUUCCUUGAUGCGAACUAUCUCCUUACUGGUGGUCCAAGCAAUCAAUCUCAGAGGGAUUUCUUCGAAACCGCUAAGUAUUGCUUCAAGCAUGCCCCUGAAAGCUGCUCAGUGAUUGCUAUUGGGAAACAAAGUACUCAGAAUCGUGAUACUGAACUUGAUCCUAUAACAUAUGAAGGUAACCAAGCUUCAAGCUUAAGGUGGACAAACAUUUUCACACCAAAGGCAAAGCGAGAUAAGAGAUGCUCUUCAAUUGAAAGCGUAUGCGAGAAGACAUCACCAGUGACUAUUCUCGAUGGACCAGAAGAAGAUGGAAGGGAUAAUAAUCGGAGUAAGAUUUGGAGAAGACUGUCCUUUGUCAAGCUAUUAUCUCCUUUCUUUAGAUCCUCACUUGAUCUUGAGGAAAUCGACGAGUGUUCAUCCAAUUUUGAACAUCAAAAACCAUCUUGGAGGUGUUUUAGCUACGAGGAGAUCUCGUAUGCUACAGAUAACUUUCAUCAAGAUAACAUAGUGGGAAGAGGAGGAUACGCUGAAGUAUUCAAAGGAAAACUAUACAAUGGCCAAAGUGUAGCAGUUAAGAGAUUGACAAAAGAGAACAGAGACGAAAAUAAAGAGAGAGAAUUCCUCACAGAGCUUGGCAUAGUCGGGCAUGUGUGUCAUCAAAAUACAGUGUUCUUGAUAGGGUGUUGUAUUGAGAAUGGUUUGCAUCUUAUAUUCGAUUUCUCGCCCAAUGGCACCCUAGCUUCUGCCUUGCACGGUAGAAAUAGCAAGUUGCUGGAGUGGCAAAUGAGGUAUAAGAUUGCAGUAGGAAUUGCUAGAGGCCUGCAUUAUCUUCACAAAUGCUGCAGGAGACGCAUCAUUCACCGCGAUAUCAAGGCUUCCAAUGUUCUCCUAGGACCAGAUUUUGAACCGCAGAUUUCAGAUUUUGGCCUGGCAAAAUGGCUUCCUAAGCAAUGGACUCAUCAUUAUGUCACUCCAAUAGAGGGAACAUUUGGGUAUCUUGCGCCUGAGUACUUUAUGCACGGGAUCGUUGAUGAGAAGACGGAUGUUUUUGCAUUUGGUGUUUUGCUUCUGGAGAUCAUUAGCGGGCGAAGGCCAGUAGAUUCAUCGAGACAGAGCCUGCUCCUAUGGGCAAGGCCACUUAUAGAGUCUGGAAACAUUGCCGAGUUGGCUGAUUCUAAGCUCAGGGGAAAUUUCGAUAAGGAGCAGAUGCAUAGGCUUGUGCUUGUUGCUUCCUAUUGUGUAAGGAAUUCCUCCAUUUGGCGGCCAUCCAUGACCGAGGUAUUAAAGAUUUUUACAGACGUGAACGACCCAGAAGCAAUAGAAAGCUGGAGGACGACCGAGUUGCAGAAUGAAGAACUGGAUGAUUGUGCGAUCAUUUAGCUCUUAAAAUGAUCGAUUUUGAGGAUGAUUUGGUUCCAAGAUCUCUACUGAUAUUUUCCCACCGUGUCUUUUUACUCUUGGGUUUUUUUCAUAUAUGUCCCUGAUGUUGUAUCUAUUUCUAAACUUGCCCUCCAAAUCAUUAUAUUUGUAAAUUUGCUCCUCAAAUUGAUUUGACCCCCCAAAAGUUUGCCCC